CUGUUGACAAUUACAUGUCCAUUUCUUCUCAUUUGACACCACAAGUUAAUAUUACCUUACAUGUUUUUUAAAUAUAUUACUAAAAUAUAGUUUGCGUUUAGAUACAUAAGAAAAGAUUAGGUUUUGGGAGUGGCGGCUCUUCUUGUUUUUAUAUGUUCUGACACCAUGCUUGACUGUGGAACUUGCGCUAGUGAUGCACAACUUUGUCGCUAUUCAGUAAUUUUACUGCAAUUUUCUUCCGUUGGCGACUUUCAUAUCGAGUAAAGGGCGUUAUCGGGCAUGGCGGGGGUGAUCCGGAGGCUGGACGAGACGGUUGUCAACCGAAUCGCGGCAGGAGAAGUGAUCCAGAGACCUGCUAACGCUCUGAAAGAGAUGCUGGAGAACUGUCUGGACGCCAAGUCCACCAACAUCCAGGUGACGGUGAAAGAUGGAGGACUGAAGCUCCUGCAGAUCCAGGACAACGGGACCGGAAUCAGGAGAGAAGAUAUGGAGAUCGUGUGUGAGCGUUUUACCACCAGUAAGCUCCAAACCUUUGAAGACCUUUCAGCCAUCGCGACCUAUGGAUUCAGAGGAGAGGCGCUCGCAAGCAUCAGCCAUGUGGCUCAUGUGACCAUCACAACUAAGACGGCUGAGUCCAAGUGUGCCUACAGAGCAUCUUAUAGUGAUGGCAAACUCAAAGCUCCACCUAAACCAUGUGCUGGAAACCAAGGAACCCAGAUCCUGGUGGAGGACCUCUUCUACAACGUGUCCACCAGGAGGAAAGCUCUGAAGAGCCCAGGCGACGAAUAUGCCAGGAUUGUAGAAGUGGUCAGCAGAUACGCCAUUCACAACUCAGGGAAAAGCUUCUCUGUGAAGAAGCAAGGAGAAACAGUGGCAGAUGUGAGGACUCUUCCCAACGCGUCUGUGGUGGAUAACAUCCGUGGAGUUUUUGGCACCGCAGUCAGCAGGGAGCUGAUCGAGGUCGGCUGCGAGGAUCAGAAGCUGGCCUUCAAGAUGAACGGCUACAUCUCCAACGCCAACUACUCGGUCAAGAAGUGCAUCCUGGUGCUGUUCAUCAACCAUCGCCUGGUGGAGUCGAGCGCGUUGAAGAAAGCUCUGGAGACGGUGUAUGCGGCGUAUCUGCCCAAGAACACUCACCCCUUCCUCUACCUGAGCCUAGAAAUCGCUCCGCAGAACGUUGAUGUAAACGUGCACCCGACCAAGCACGAGGUGCAUUUCUUGCACGAGGACAGCGUUAUCGAGAGUGUUCAGAAGCACGUGGAGAGCAAACUCCUGGGCUCCAACUCCUCACGCACCUUCUUCACUCAGACGUUGUUACCGGGCCUGUCUGUGGCCGGCGGCAGCAGCGAGCUGAAGGCCUCCAGUGCCACACCGGAGCCCACAGAGCGAGUCUAUGCUCAUCAGAUGGUUCGCACCGACAGUCGGGCGCAGAAGCUGGAUGCUUUCCUCAAACCCAAAGAGGCGCUGGCACGUCCGGAUCCCGAGGAAUCAGGUCCCAGUUGCCAGGAAAAGGCCCAACCAGACGGUGAGGAGAUGGAUGACAUGGACCUUCUGGAGGCUCUGGAUGAGCAGGAGGGCAAAGAAACGGAAGGUGGCGAAGGAAUCAGCGCUCCUGAUGUCCAAAGGAAACGUGCCAGGACAGAGGAGCAGCAGGAGAUGGAGGAGGCAGCAGGAGGCGACACUGAGGCCGCAGAUACAUCCAAGAGACGAGUCAUCAAACUUACCAGCAUCAAAGAGCUGCGGUCAGAGAUCAGCCAGAACAACCACCACGGUCUGCAGGAAAUGCUGCAGAAUCACUCGUUCGUGGGCUGCGUCAACCCUCAGUGGACCCUGAUCCAGCAUCACACCAAGCUGUACCUGCUCAACACCAGCCGACUCAGCCAGGAGCUCUUCUACCAGAUUCUCAUCUAUGAUUUUGGGAACUUUGGCCUGCUGAGACUCUCGACUCCCGCUCCCAUUUACGACCUGGCCAUGUUGGCGCUGGAGUCUGAAGAGAGCGGUUGGACUGAGGAGGACGGACCCAAGGAAGGCUUGGCUCAGUACAUUGUGGACUUCUUGAAGAAGAAGGCCGAAAUGCUGGAGGACUACUUCUCCAUGGAGAUAGACCAGGAAGGGAAUCUGACCAGUCUGCCGCUCCUUCUGGACAAGUUCAGCCCCGUGAUGGAGGGUCUGCCCAUGUUCAUCCUCCGCCUGGCCACGGAGGUCAACUGGGACAGCGAGAAGGACUGUUUCAGAGACUUCAGUAAGGAGUGCAGCAUGUUCUACUCCAUCAGGAAGCAGUACAUCCUGGAGCCAGAGCCGGGGGGCGGGCAGGAAAACGAAGCAAACUCCUGGAGGUGGAAGGUGGAGCACGUCAUCUGCAAGGCUUUCAGGACACUCUUCAGUCCCCCGAAACACUUCAGCGAGGACGGCACCGUGCUGCAGAUCGCCAACUUACCUGACCUCUACAAAGUGUUUGAGAGAUGCUGAGCUGCUGUGACACACUGCUGUGAAUAAAGUUU